AACAUAUGUGUUAUUAACAAAGAUGGACACCACAAGACAUUCUACUCUCAAGUUUGCAUUGUUGGUUGCUUUGAUCAUCGUUUCUUCAGAUAUGUGCAUGGAAUAUGUAGAAGGAGGAAUCAAUGCUGAGAUCGUAACCUCACAAAGGGGUACAAAUUGCAAGGUAGAUUGUCCACGCUCAUGUCAAGAUGAUAAUAUAUGUGCAAAUUGUUGUAAUUGUCUGAUAGGUGUUUAUGGUAUUCCUGUUUGUAGAAAAGGUGUAUGCACAUGUUUAAUAUAUCCACCAACCAGCCAAUUCAAUAAUAUUCCUAAUCCAUUACCCACAAUUUCAAAUUGAAUUUUGUGAUAUUGUAAUGCAAUGAUCGUGUAUGGAUGAGAUUAAUAUGUUAAAAAGAUGAA